AUGAAUUCCAACAGUGCACACGAAGAAGGCUUGGGUGCACUGGAUGCUACAGGAAGCAUUUUGGGACUCUUCAAGAAAUACCAAGAAACUCCAGUAGUCAAGGCGAACAACCGAGACCUGUCCUACAUUCUCCUGUUCUCCCUCCUGCUUUGCUUUGCAUGCUCUUUCCUCUUCAUUGGUCAGCCUAGCGGCAUCACCUGCCUCCUCCGACAAACAGCCUUCAGCAUCAUCUUCUCAGUGGCCGUCUCUUCCCUCCUGGCCAAAACAGUCACCGUGGUGCUGGUCUUUCUGGCCACCAAACCAGGCAACAAGGCAAGGAACUGGCUGGGGAAGAGUUUGGCCAAUUCAAUUGUCAUCUCCUGUUCCAUUGUGCAAGUUGUCAUCUGCACCAUCUGGCUGGGCACCUUUCGGCCGUUUCCUGACUCUGACAUGCACUCCCAGGCUGGACACAUCAUCCUGCUGUGCAACGAAGGCUCUGCGGCCAUGUUCUACGUUGCCCUUGGCUACAUGGGCUUCCUGGCUGCAGUCUGCUUCACAGUGGCCUUCCUGGCCAGGAAGCUGCCCGAGUCCUUCAAUGAGGCCAAGCUAAUCACCUUCAGUAUGCUGGUCUUCUGCAGCGUCUGGGUGUCCUUCGUGCCCACCUAUCUGAGCACCAAGGGCAAGUACAUGGUGGCAGUGCAGGUCUUCUCCAUCUUGGCCUCCGGUGCUGGGUUGCUGGGCUGCAUCUUCCUCCCCAAGUGCUACAUUAUUCUAAUGAGGCCUGAACUGAAUACCAAGGAUCAUCUCAUGAUAAAAAGCAAAGCAUAA